AUGGUUUCAAUUAACAGUAAUAAAAAAAUUACUGGAUCAAGUUCAGCAGACAUUGAAACAGAUAAUGUUAUAGAAUAUUUUACAGAAGGUAAAGAAAAAUUAUCAACAACGUUACAGGAUGAUCAAUCAAUCGAAUCAUCAUCAAAUGAUGAUGAGGAUAACAGUAAUAAGAAAUAUUCAAUUACUCAACCACAUCUAAGAAAAUUUAUUGAUUCAUUUAAAAAACCUGAUCAUAUCGUAAGAGAUUUAGAAGAUCCAAAUUCUUUAGAUAAUGAUCCAAUUAUGAACCCCGACAAUGAUGGGGAAGGUAAAUUGAAGUCAACUAUUAAACCACGUCAUGUCCUUAUGAUGUCCCUAGGGACAGGUAUCGGGACAGGUCUUUUGGUUGGUAAUGCUACAGCUUUAAGAAAUGCAGGCCCUGCAGGUUUAGUCAUUGGUUACGCUAUCAUGGGUUCUUGUCUUUAUUGUAUUAUUCAAGCAUGUGGGGAAUUAGCUGUGUGUUACUCAAAUUUACCUGGUAAUUUUAAUUCAUAUCCAAGUUUCUUAGUGGACCCAGCACUAGGGUUUUCCGUCGCCUGGGUGUAUUGUUUACAAUGGCUUUGUGUGACUCCACUGGAAUUGGUCACCGCUUCAAUGACAAUUAAAUAUUGGACAACUAAAGUUGACCCUGAUGUAUUCGUCGUCAUAUUUUACGUCCUGAUCAUUAUUAUUAAUAUCUUUGGGGCUCAAGGUUACGCUGAAGCUGAAUUUUUCUUCAAUUCUUGUAAAGUCCUGAUGAUUUCUGGGUUUUUCAUUCUGGGGAUCAUUACAAUUUGUGGGAAAGCUGGUACUGAUGGUUAUAUUGGUACUAAAUACUGGCAUCAUCCCGGGGCAUUUAAUGGUGACCAUGCUAUUGAUAGAUUUAAAGGUGUCAUGGCUGUCUUCGUUCGUGCAGCAUUUGCAAUGGGUGCAUCCGAAUUUAUUUCAAUUACUGCAGCCGAACAAUCCAAUCCAAGAAAAGCAAUCCCAAGAGCUGCAAAGACAAUGAUUUAUAGAAUCGUCUUUAUAUUUUUAACUUCAAUUACUUUAAUUGGGUUCUUGGUGCCUUAUGAUUCGGAUCAAUUGAUGGGUUCAGGAAGUUCCGCCACCAAAGCAUCUCCUUACGUUAUCGCCAUUGCAUCUCAUGGUGUUAGAGUAGUACCACAUUUCAUUAACGCAGUAAUUUUACUAUCUGUCUUAUCUGUAGCAAAUUCUGCUUUCUAUUCAAGUUCACGUCUGUUACAUUCUUUGGCUGUUCAAGGUUACGCUCCAAAAAUUUUCAACUACUUAGAUAGAGAAGGUAGACCAUCAAUCGCAAUGAUUUGUUCUGCUUUGUUUGGUGUUAUCGCAUUUUGUGCUUCAUCUCCAAAGGAAGAACAAGUCUUCACUUGGUUAUUAGCCAUCUCAGGUCUUUCACAAUUGUUUACUUGGAUCACCAUAUGUUUCUCACAUUUACGUUUUAGAAGAGCUUUAACCGUUCAAGGACGUUCCUUAGAUGAAUUAGGUUACAAGUCACAAGUCGGUAUUUGGGGGUCAGCUUAUGCCGCUACAAUGAUGAUUCUUGCUUUAAUUGCACAGUUUUGGGUUGCCAUUGCUCCUAUUGGUGAAGGUAAACUAGAUGCUCAAGCAUUUUUUGAAAAUUAUUUAGCUAUGCCAAUUUUAAUUGCAUUUUAUUUCGGUUAUAGAAUUUGGAAAAAAGAUUGGUCAUCACUUUUCAUUAGAGCUGAUAAAAUUGAUUUAAUUACUCAUAGAAAAAUUUUUGAUGGUGAUUUAUUAAGACAAGAAGAAGAAGAAUUGAAAGAAAAAUUGAAAAAUGGUCCAUUUUGGAAAAGAGUAGUAGAUUUCCUAUUCUAA